UCUUAGUUUUUCUGUGGAAUCGUCAAACAAGAAGAAUCAAGAGUGACCUAGCGAGAGAGAGAUCAGAGAUCAGAGAUCGGAGAUGUUGGGAAGGGUAAGAGCCUCUCCUGUAGACUGCUCGGACUUGGAAAGGCCUUCUCCCAAGAUUACCAAGAACGACGCUCUCUCCAUUUACGAGGCGACGCUUGAGAAGCUAAGACUAGGAUCUCGGCGUGCUCUAGGCUCAUCCUCAAUGAAAGCAAUGGAGAUAGAGGUCCCUUCUUCUUCGUUGUUGAGUGCUUCUCCGAGUUCUAGCGAUCUUCAAUCCGUUGAUUGCUCUGCAAUGAAUAUGGAGGUCCCUUGUUCUUCAUCAUUGAGUGCUUCCCCAGGUUCUGGCGAGGUUCAAUCCAUUGAUUGCUCAGAGAAAUUAAUGGAACAGGAUUUCUACAGCUCUCUCUCAGUUAUAAAAUGUAUGGUGGGAUUGGAUUCAUGACAUUGAUGUUGCAUCCUUUAGCCCCAACUUCCUAUAGCUCUGGCAAAUGGUUUA